GGAAGUUGGUAAGGGCUGAGGUAAGAGGGAAGUCUGGUGAGGGGAAGUGUUAUGAGAGCUGAGGUGGAGCAGUGAGGUGAAAGGGGGAAGUGAGGUGAGGGGGAAAUUGAGGUGAGGUGAGGGGAGACUAACACCUGUGUUUGUAAACACUUCGCUUGUCGUGGUUCUGGUGUCGUGGCCGCCGCCGCCGCCGCCGCCCACCGCCAUCUGUCGGAGAUCACACACCUUAAUCCUGCAUCUUUAAUGUUUUACGCUUUAUCUCUCGCCGUUGUGUGUGGCCCGUGGGCGCCGCAGUGCCCAGACGGUGGGUGUGUGUGCGGCGUGGGCGUGGUGGGAGUGUGUUGGUGGGCGGUGAGGGCGUGUGAGGGCGGGCGUGACGCAGCCUCACCCACACCGUCUGCUGUCAAUGGUCACAGCAAACAUGGCUUCCUCCAGCAGAGGAAUACAAAUCGGGUCUGCGUGGUUUCAAAGAAAAAUCAAGCUCCGGCCGCAGCACAGAGGGAUCCAUCUAGUAACUGACGAAGUGCUGAAGGAGAUCCCCGAGCUCAGGCAAUUUUCCGUAGGCUUACUACACGUACAGAUCCUCCACACUUCAGCCAGUUUAGCGCUGAAUGAAAACUGGGAUCCAUACGUCCGAGAUGAUAUGGAGAUGAUGCUCAACAAAAUAGUGCCUGAGGGGAUGCCUUACCGACAUUCCUGUGAAGGCCCCGAUGAUAUGAUUACAGUAGAUCCCCUGGCUUAUGAUCUUCUGAUGUAUGAUGUUCUACACUUAAAAUAUUGGCAAUUUUGGACCAAUGAACAACUUAGGAAGCGCAAACAUUCAAAUUAAAAUUUUUUCAAUAAAUGAUUUUUAUUUGGCUCUUUUUAAUCAAAUACAGUACAUUUAUAUUUGGCAUAUGUUUAUUUUAUAAAUGUGUGGAGAGUUUUUGUUUGUUUGGUAGAGAAUGGUGUUUGUGUGUAGUACAUGGUCAGUGGGGUGAGGCUGGCCUCCAUCCUCCUCAACCUGGUCAGAGAGUAAACUUCACUACAUGCCCAGGUACCUUAUAUCCUGACCAUAACAGUGAGUAGUGUGGAAAGCAGGAAUGAAGAGUGUAGAUUGGGUAUGUGGUGUGGGGGCAUAGUACAGUGUGAAGGUGGAAUAGUGUGUGAGUGUAUAGUACAUUGUGAGGGUGGCAUACAGUGUUGGGGUGGAUUAUGAUGUUUUAGUGGAAGAGAGUAAGGGGUGGAAUAUGAUACAGGACUAGAAUCAGUAAAAGAGAGGGAGGGAGGAUGUGAAAAGCAAACAUAAAGUGUUGUGUCAAGUAUGGGUUCGGGACUGCAUCUCUGAUUAUGAUUUGGGUGUGUACAGGAAAAUAGGUUGUGAGUAAUUUUUAGGCAUGCAUUAACAUGUAAGUGGGGGACCUACUGUAGUUAAAGCUUUAAUAUCUUUAAAUAUUUUUGUCAUUCAAGUGCACUGAAAUGUAUACUGUUUGACAGCAAGAUUAUGUUUCUGUUGUGGUCCUAGUUAAAAAAAAAUGUCAGUAUUAAACAUUUGGCACAUUUUCUUAGAAGUAAUGUGAACUUUGACACAGUAUUUGCCCGAUUGAAAGCAGUGAAUAACAGCUUUUGUUAGGAGAAAUUAUCAUUGCGGUAAUACUAUGUGGCACAACAUUAAUAGAAGGUCACUUUUUUCCUCUAACCUUUCAUGGCUCAGCACAUUUUCAUUUCAAAUUUCCAAAUGAACAACUAUUGAUAUGAGUAUAUUCCUUCUGCAUUUUUGCUUUGUAUGUACAUGAGGAUGAACAAAAGGUUUACAAAAACUGGCCAGAAUAUUAAAUUGUAAGAUUCUUGAUGGUGCUAGAAAUUUUUCUU